AUGGAGCACAAAGGCCUUGACCCAAAGACUCUGAAAGUUAGCCAAUUAAGAAGAAUAUUGGUAGAAAAUGACAUUACGUUUCCAGCAAAUGCUAGGAAGCCUGCAUUGGUGAAACUGUUUGAAGAAAGAGUGAGGCAGCGUCUCGAAUUAUCUUCUGAAACUUCAAAGGGUAAUGAUAGCAUUCAAAAAGCCGUGAAGUCAGAAGCAAAAAACGCUGAUCGUAAAAGAAUCUUGAAGAGUAAAAAGCAUGAAUCAAACUCUGGAGCGAGUAAAUCUGUUAACGUCGAAACCAACAAGAGAAAGAGAGAAGAAAACAGUACAGAUAACACAAUACCGGUGCAGGUGAAAGAGGAAAAGUCUUCCAAGAGGAAAAGGAAAAAAAGAUCUAAUAGAACCACUAAAUCAUUGGAGUCACCUUCGAAGCCUAAAUUAGAAAGCGAAGAACCUUCAGUUACUUUAUCUCCUGAGAUGGAAAUUCGAGAGGAACAUAAAGAAGAAUUUUCGAAUGGUGAGCUAAUAGCGACUGAGGAAUCCAAAAAACCAGAAUUACCCAAUUUGAAAGUGUCGAACGAAUUCUUAGUACAAUUAAAUAAAGAGUUGGCUAGCGCAACCACCGAGAGCUAUGACCAUUCUAUAAAAUCCACAAACUGCUCAUCUGUUAGAAUUGAGAGAGAAGAGCCCGUCGAAACUGCAACUGGAGCGGAAGUAAGAAAAGGAAGCGAUCCGAUUACUAAUUUGGAUAAGAAGGCCCGAGAGGCAGUAGAUAAAACGACAUCAGAGGAAGCAAAAGAAGAGUUGGUGAGAGGACCAAAAGCUCUUGAUAUGCGGGAGGGAAAUAACAUCAAAAGAAAAUUGUCGAAGGAAAAUAAAGCAAGUUCAAAAGGCCGUACCAGGCACUUUCUUGAGAGUAAAACUAAAAGAAGCAUGGAUAUUUUCAGGCCGCUUGUUGCCCACGUCUUCAUUUGGUUAUGGAAUGCUGUUCUUUACCUUUCAAUUUUGUUACCCAUCCUUUUUGGUCUUUGGUAUAGAGAGCAGAGAAUUAGAAUCGGAUAUUGUGGUCAUGAAGAGCCCAUUAAAUCCCUUGCAUUCUCAGCCUUCUCUCAAACUGCGCGAGUGGAUGAAUUUUUGCAGGCUUAUGCACCAAAUUGCCUGGAAUGUCCUGAACACGCCACGUGUUCUUCUCUUAUGAAUAUUGAAUGUGAAUCGGGCUACGAGCUCAAAAGUUCUAUUUUAGAAACCUACGGUGUCAUUCCCUUCUCCAAGUACUGCGUUAAGGAUGAAAGUAAAGAAAAGGAGGUUGAUGAGUUGGUUUGGAAAGUAAGUGAAUACCUGAGAAAAAAGAAUGCGCAAGUUGAUUGUGGCGAAGGACAGAAUCUUUUUGAAAGUGGUGAAACAGAAACCAAAUUAUAUGAGAUAUUUUCCCGUUCAAGACCGUCCUGGGAAAAUCAAGCCGAUUUUAAUGAACACUGUAGGAAUGUAAUUGAGAAAUUAAGGCAUAUGGAUGAAAUUGUCUGGUUGCCUUUGGACUUCGAAACAGGUGAAGAAAUUCAUUUCAAACCGAAUAAUACUACCUGUGUUUAUCGUUCAACUUCCAAGAAAUGGGUUAAAUUACCAUGUCAUUUGGGAGCGGAUAUUCGGAAAGGACUAAGAAAAUAUGGUGUUUCUGUGUUGAUCACCUUAAUUGUCAUACUAUUCAUCAAAAAAAUACAAUCAACUCUUGACGAUUAUGUUCAGGGAGAACAGAUAAUUGAACAAUUUGUGAAAGAAGCAACUGAUCGAUUGAAGAGCGCAAAAAAAAACGAGGAUGAGGAACCUUUCCUAACAACAGUUCAAUUGAGAACAAUACUGUUGAGAGAUAUACCCAAUAUUAAGGAACAAAAUAGCCUAUGGGCUCGAACCAAAGAUAAAAUCAUCAAGGAAUAUUCUGAAAAUAUAGAACUAUAUCUUCUUGAAGAAAAUGGAGAAAUAAUGACAUGUUUGGAAUGGAAUGAUUGA